AAUAACUCUUUGAACUUGGAAUCGCUGAAGAUGGAGCUCAGCACAGGAGAUGUCUCCCUGCACUUCCUUGUUAGUCAGCAGGAGAAGAGGCUGAACUUGAAAAUUUGUAGUAAUCAGAUUGUGGACGUUCUUGUUUUUCCUGGGCAGUGUUCAGCAUUAUUGCAAGCAUGUGCUUUUGGUGUGGUGUUCCCUCUUGCAAGGCUUGUCAUUAGCUUCAAAGUAAAGCAGUGUGAUGUGAUUACAGGGGACGACUUUCACAGAUUAAAGAGCCAAGGGGAGAGAUCUGUAGCCCUCGGAAUACAGAAGGAGCAGAAAAAUAAGGUGACAGACUACAUCGAACAUGGCUUCGGACGCCAGUCAUAUGCUUGAGGCGGCCUUAGAGCAAAUGGAUGACAUCAUAGCAGGCACCAAGGCAGUCACAGAAUUUGCCAACAGAGCCUUUGACGUGGGAUCCCCGGUGCCGUCUGAAUAUUUUGGAACUAUAACAAUUUUGCAUCUAGUAGAGGAGUUAAAAAUGUCCCUGGAAAUGGUGGAAAACCCCGAAGAACGAGAAGCAUUGAGGAACCAGAUCCCCAACGCGACGGCCUCCUAUGUCAUCACGUGGCUAGAGAGUAAUCUGGUUAACCAUACAGUCGUCAAUAAUGAGACGUAUCAAGAGCGACUGACGCGUCUGGAAGGCGACAAGGAAUCUCUUAUUUUACAGGUGAGCGUCCUCACCGAUCAGGUGGAGGCCCAAGGCGACAAGAUCCGGGAUCUGGAAUCCUGCGUAGAGGAGCAUCAUUUAAAACUUAAUGCUACCGAGGAAAUGCUCCAGCAGGAGCUUCUGAGCCGGACCUCUCUAGAAACCCAAAAGUUGGACCUAAUGGCUGACAUUUCGAACCUAAAGAUCAAGCUGGCCGGUUUGGAAAAAGAGAAGAACGACUGCGAAGACUCUCACAACAAGGCAGAGAUGCUAAUACAAGAACUUAAAAGCCUCAAAAUUAAAGUGGAGGAACUGGAAAAUGAGAGAGUGCAGUAUGAGUGGAUACUCAAGGCAACAAAGGCUGAAAUUGCUCAACUCCAGGAGCAGCUGGCACUGAAAGAUGCAGAAAUUGAGCGCUUACAGAGCCAGAUAUCUUCAAGGACAAUUGCACAAAAUGAAUCUUCGGAAAGAGAAGAAGUAUUUAAGAGGAGGAUAAAAGAGAAACAUCAAGAAGUUCAGAGGCUAAAAUUGGGGAUGGAAACAUUACUAGCGGCAAACGAAGAAAAAGACUUUCGAAUCGAGGAACUUACAAUGCUUCUAAACCAAUACAGACGGGUAAAGAACUUUGUGAUGGCAACACAUGGCUCUUCUGAAAGAAUACUUUCUGCCUGCAGUGAAGAUGAGGUGGAAUCUACCAAAAAAUGUAUUCCAAAAAAUAACCAGACUAUGGAGUUACUGAAUUCUGAGGUGUGUUCCAUCGCGUCUUCUCCAACUGCUCCAACCUCUCCUCCUCAAAACAUCCUGGAAAAUGGGAUCGGCACGCCUAGUUCUUCAGAAAAUCUUAACUCGCCACAAGAAGAAAACUUAGACCACAGGAAUAGAGUCCAACCCCGACAACUAUCCACCAGCUUGGAAGAUUUGCAAAGCGCAUCUACGGAAAAGCAUGCUGAUGGGGAAAUCUCAGAGCCUGUUGUAACAGAACCUGUUGUAACGUCUGAGAGUAAAGCAGAUCCUAGGUACCAGACUUUACCGGGAAAACUGUCUCGCGCCACUCCAAAUGGGUCACAUGAUUCCUACAGAAAACCUGCUUCCCAGAAUGCUUUGCACAUAAACAGCGAAGUGAAUGGAAUUCAGAGCUUGUGUGAAACGGAAAACAACCUGGACAUCACCUUUAAUGACCUGUCUUCUGGGGGAAGUGAAUCCGGCCCACAGUCACCGCUGUCUCCCGAGGGCAAGAAGAGCCCAAAAGGCAUCAAAAAGUUUUGGGGAAAAUUAAGGAGAACGCCCUCAGGAAACUUCCAUACAGAUGAAUUAGGAUUGUCUGAAUUCAAAAGAGGGGGAAUGAGAGCUACAGCAGGACCGAGGCUCUCGAGAACAAGUGAUCCCCGCAGCAAAAAUAGUGAUUAUAACGCCCCCUUUGCUCAGUGGAGUAACGAGCAGGUCUGUAACUGGUUGGAGGACUUUGGCUUGGGACAAUACGUCAUCUUUGCCCGGCAGUGGGUGACCUCGGGUCACACCUUGCUAACGGCCACACCUCAGAGCCUGGAAAAGGAACUUGGCAUAAAACAUCCAUUGCACAGAAAGAAGUUGCAGCUGGCCAUCAGCGCCAUCAGCUCCAAAAAAGAUGAAAAAUCGGGGCAGCUAGAUCACAUGUGGGUGACACGAUGGCUAGACGACAUUGGCCUGCCGCAGUACAAGGACCAGUUCCACGAAGCCCGUGUUGAUGGGAGAAUGCUUCAAUACUUAACUGUGAAUGAUCUCCUGUUCCUGAAGGUCACGAGUCAGCUGCACCAUCUCAGUAUUAAAUGUGCCAUCCAUGUACUACAUGCAAACAAGUUCAACUCCAACUGCCUGCGCAGGAGACCCGCCGACGAGAAUAACCUCUCCCCAUCAGAAGUGGUGCAGUGGUCCAACCACCGAGUCAUGGAGUGGCUGAGAUCUGCAGAUCUGGCCGAAUACGCGCCGAAUCUGCGCGGCAGUGGAGUUCACGGCGGCCUUAUUAUCCUUGAACCGCGGUUUAACUCCGAUACCCUCGCCAUGCUCUUAAACAUUCCACCCCAGAAGACCCUACUGAGGAGACAUUUAGCUACAAACUUCAGCCUGCUGAUUGGUCCAGAAGCUCAACAGGAGAAACGGGAGAUUAUGGACUCUACCACUUACACAGCCCUGUCUACCACUGCCAAAGUCCGGCCAAAGAAACUUGGACUCUCUAGCUUUGGUAACCUGCGCAAGAAGAAGCUGGACGACUCCACAGACUACGUAUGUCCUGUGGACGCCAGCCCCCCGAAGAGCGACUUCAAGACCCCCAACAACAGUUCCAUCAAAGAGGCAGACAAACUGGACCAGAUGGUGCAUUCAGAGGGGACGGUAAAGCAAAUAGGGGCUUUUUCUGAAGGCAUUAAUAACCUUACAAACAUGCUCAGUCAGGACGAGCUCCUCAACAACUACAGGUUUCUAUCCACCUAUGAUUCUUGGAGAUAGCUCCCUGCAUCUUGGGGAAGGAUCAAUUAUCGGAAGCCAAAGAGGUGACUGGACUCCUUCAAUCACAAAUGGUAUAUAAUUUUUAUUUGGCCUCCCUGUACUAUGGAUCAGGCGCGGCCAUGCUGGAUAUAGAUUUUUCUUUUAAGGUGAGGGAAAUGACUAAAGGGUGUACAUUUUUUUAAGUUUGCUAUUAAAAAAAAUAAUAUAUAUAAAAAAUUAAAAAAAUCUGAACCGACAUGUACAUAAGGUUAUAAAGAAAUGCUUUACUUUGUAAUUGUGUUUAAUGUUUUUUUUUUAACCAUUAAAGGGGACGUCCACUUUUAAGAACCAGUGGUGAAGCGGUUGUGUGAGAUUAGUCAAACACUGUGGCUUUCUUCCAAAAACAGCGCCACUCUUGUCUUCAGGCUGUGUCUGCUAUUGCACAAUACCAGUCACUACCUAUGGGCAAUGGUGGCGCUGUCUCAGGAAAAAAGUAGCCAUGUUUUUUUUUUUUUUUUUAUCUCAUACAACUCCUUUUAAAGAGGUUCUGUCAUGAAGACAACCCUUGCACAAAUGCCCUACUAGGGGCGUAAAUCGUGCAAUACAUUGAUGAGCAGCUGACCAUUGAAGAUAGAGCUCUCAGGUAUAUGGCCAGCCUGUCUCCCACCCUCUUACACGCGCAUGCUCUGCUCAGCCAAGUGUACAAGUUCUCAAUGGGGGGAAAGUUUCAGCCAGACUAAUGGUCCCUGGUUAUGAAAAAUGGACUUCCCCUUUAAGUGGAGUAUAGCUUGGUUUGUAUCUUUUGUCCAGAGUGUUUAUAUCCUUUAGGAACAGUUUUGUAUUUGCUGCUGUAUGAUAAUAAUACCUCUUGUGAAAUCACAAAAUAAAAUCUAUGAAUUUUAAGAAAUUUGAUGGGAAAAAAAUAUAAUCAAACUUUUUAAUGUCCUA